GGCUCCUGUUUGAAAAUGAAUGACAUUCUCCCCAAGUUGUAGACGCAAGCGGCUGGGUUGGAGUAUUUGUGUGUGUUCAGUGGCUGAAAACUGAAGCCAGAGCAUUUACAGAAGAGGAAGUGGGAAAAAGAAGACGUCUUGAUUUAUUUAAAAAACACAAUAGGAAAAGAAAUACCUUCCAGCAAUGCAACUGAUCACUUGCGAGCCCAACCACAUGUCUGAAGCCGUGGUGAUGGAGCCUCCUCGGGCGGACGGCUUCAUGGAGUCGUCCUGUGGCACAGGGGACAGCGCGGCCUCCCUCGAUGACGGCAUCGUGGACACAGCGAACGAGUCCUCGGAGGAAGAGUCCACGGGGGAAAAGGAAGAGGACACGGUGGUCCCUGAAGCCACCAGCGAAACCAAGACGACAGAGCAGAGCACAAACACAAAAAUGGCGAACGCCCGGCGCCCGGAAUCCCUGUCGGUGCCGGCGGCUGCAGAGCCGGGUCUGUGGACGUCGCAGGGCGAUGCAGUGGUGAAGCUGAGGAUGGACGAGUCCGGUCUGGGAGCCGAGACGCCUCUGACCGUCAACCAGAUGUUCACCAAAACUGUGGAGCGCUUCGGUGAAUACACAGCUCUGGGCUGGAAGGAGGGCGAGCAGCAGAAAAGCCUGAACUACAAAGAAUACUACCAGACGUGCCGCACCGCUGCCAAGAGCUUUUUAAAGCUUGGACUGGAGCGCUACCACGGCGUCGGGAUCCUUGGCUUCAACUCCGCAGAGUGGUUCAUCUCAGACAUCGGAGCCAUCCUGGCGGGCGGCUUCGCUGUGGGCAUCUACACCACCAACUCUCCCGAAGCCUGCCAGUAUGUAGCGGAAAACUGCAAGGCCAACAUCAUCGUGGUGGAGAACCACAAACAGAUGCAGAAAAUCCUUCAGGUUGAGGACAAGCUGCCGCACCUGAAAGCCAUUAUCCAGUACAAAGAUGCACUCAAAGAGAAGAGACCAAAUCUGUACACGUGGGCAGAGUUCAUGGAGCUCGGACGCAAUGAGCCGGACGCUCCUCUCGACGCCAUCAUCUCCAGCCAGAAGCCCAACCAAUGCUGCACGCUCAUCUACACCUCAGGAACCACCGGCCAGCCCAAAGGAGUCAUGCUCAGCCACGACAAUAUAACGUGGACGGCGCUCUCCACCAGCCACCACGUGAAUCUCAUGGACGCCACCCAGGUCCAGGAGUCGGUGGUCAGCUACCUGCCGCUCAGCCACAUCGCCGCUCAGAUGGUCGACAUCUGGCUCACCAUGAGGGUCGGAGGGGCGACCUACUUCGCUCAGCCGGACGCCCUGAAGGGUUCGCUGGUGAACACCCUGAAGGAGGUGCGGCCCACGGCCUUCAUGGGCGUCCCGCGAGUCUGGGAGAAGAUGCAGGAGAAGAUGAAAGCCACCGGGGCCAAGUCUUCGACCGUGCGCAGGAAAGUGGCCGCCUGGGCCAAAGACGUCGGCCUGCAGACCAAUCUGACCAAGAUGAACCAAAACGGAGCGGCCGGCCGCGCUCCGCUCAGCUACCACGUCGCCAAAAAGCUCGUGUUCAAGAAGGUGCGCAAGGCUCUGGGCCUGGACCGCUGCAACAAGUGCUACACGGGCGCCGCCCCCAUCACCAAAGACACUCUGGAGUUCUUCCUCAGCCUCGACAUGCCCCUGUUCGAACUCUACGGCAUGAGCGAGAGCACCGGACCUCACACCAUCUCCAAUCCCACCGCCUUCAAAAUCACCAGUUGUGGUAAAGAGAUCCCAGGGUGCAAGACGAAGCUGCACAACCCGGACGAGGAGGGAAACGGCGAGAUCUGCUUCUGGGGCCGCCACGUCUUCAUGGGUUACCUCAACAUGCCCGACAAGACGGAGGAGGCUCUGGACUCAGAGGGCUGGCUGCACUCGGGCGACCUGGGCAAACACGACAAGAACGGGUUCCUCUUCAUCACUGGACGGAUCAAAGAGCUCAUCAUCACAGCGGGAGGUGAGAACAUCCCUCCCGUCCCUAUCGAGGACGCGGUGAAGGAAGCCGUGCCGCUGAUAAGCAACGCCAUGCUGAUCGGAGACAAGAGGAAGUUUCUGUCGAUGCUUCUCACUGUUAAGUGCCAAGUGAACGCGGAGUCGGGGGAUCCGGAGGACGAGCUGACGCCGGAAGCCGUGGAGCUGUGCAAGAAGCUGGGCAGCAACGCCACGCGCGUCUCUGAGAUCGCAGGCGGCCGAGACCGAGCGGUGCACACGGCCAUCCAGGAGGGAAUCAACCGGGUCAACGAGAAGGCGAAUUCCAACGCCCAGCGCAUUCAGAAGUUUCUCAUUCUGGAUCGGGACUUCUCCGUGGGCGGAGGAGAGCUGGGUCCGACCAUGAAGCUGAAGCGGCCGGUGGUGAUGAAGAUGUACAAAGAACAGAUUGACAAUUUUUACAAAGAGCUGGCGACACCGACGACCCCCGACAACCCUCUGCCCCCUAAAUAGACGUGCUGCCCUGCGCCUCAUUUAUGCUCUCGUAUAAAUGUUUGCCUUAAUCUGUGCUCAUCCUGUCAUGGUUUACAUGUGUGAUUGUUGCGAAAAAGAAAAAAAAAAGAAGAAGAAGAAGCCAUUGUUGAGUAGCUUUAUUAUAAUUUUAGUUAUCAACACGUUCAGUUAAGCUAUUUAUUUUUUAUUUCUCGAAUGUAGAGUAGCAGCAGCUGUGUCUUAGAAGUUGUUCAUUGUACUGCAAUACUUGAGAUAAAUGAAGAAGAAUUAGCGAAAGGUAAUGGGAUGUUUUAAAGGAAUCACUUGUGUUUUUUUGUUCUUUAUUUAUUUUCGGUUUGCCAAAGUUAACGUUUACCAAAAGAGCAUCAAAUGAAGAAACUGUUCUCGAAAAAGAUGUCACAUGAUACAAAAAAAAACGCUUAAACUGGUGUUUACAUGUGUUGUGUUGUUUCUAGCAUCUUCAUAAGCUUUUGAUUUAUUCUUGUUCCAAAUGUUGAAGCAGCUCUGCAUCGUUCACGACAUGUCUUUAAGCCAUAUCCAUUUGUCCCUUUCUUUAUGUGACGAUUUGUGCCGACAGAUUUUCCGUUGUAAUUUUGUGGAAUACUGUAAAUAUGUGUUUUUUUUUCCUCCAUCUUGUUUCACUUUGCUUUAUUUUAUGUUUCUGCCAGCAGCCCAUAAAAUGUCACGCUUUCAUUGUUUGCACUCAAUAUAUGGACAAAAUUAAUUGUACAUAAUUUAGAUUAUAUGCCAGAUAUGUUCAGUGCAUUCACUCUGUGAUUCUUUUUUUUUUUUUUUGUCUGUUGCCAUGCAAAAUACAUGAUAUAAAUGUUGAAAAUGCUCAAGUAUGUGAUCACCCCGACAAGUUUCAUCACAAUGUUUGGAGGUAAAAUCCUAAAUGAAGUUUUGCACUCCAAAACAGCUAAUCUUGUACAUUUAAAAGAAAGAAAAAAAAUGUAUAUAAACUUAUUAUAAGUGGCAGACUGAAGGUUAAUUUAAUGGUUGUGGUGUAACUGAAGUGAGGGGUAAGCAAAUAUGAGGAAAUGACGGUGGUUCAGACUGUCUGGGUGAGGGAGUUUCUUGAUUACCUGCAGCGACGUGCAGCUGAUCAAACCGGUGAAAAGUGGUUGUUUAAUGUAAAAAAAAUGAAUGAGUUUACUGAAUUUGUACUUUAAGAACAGUGCUGUUGAAACGCCGUGAGGUGAGCACUCAGCCAGACAGGUGGAUUUACCUGACCCUAAAGAGCUGUCAACGAUGGCAGAAGGAAUACGCAGCAGGAGAAACGUGAAGCGGGCUCGUUUGUGCCGGCAGAAAUUUGAAAAUGCGUGUGAUCAGUUAUGGAAUAAAAGGUUAAUUACC